AUAUGGUUUUGCUGAAGUUUUGAGAAAACUUUUUGUUCAUGUUUUGUUUUGUCAGAAAUUAAUCCUUAAUACCAAAAGAUCCUUUUUUUUUAAAUAGAAAAUGACUUUAACAAAUUAUUCUCAUUUAAAACAACAAAUAAUAUUAAGUGCAGGUCAAAGUGAUAAACAUAGUCAAAUAUUAGGUGUACUAAAAGAGUAUUAUAAAGAUGAAAUUGAUUCACCAAGAAGAUACGAGAACAUAAAUACUAUAGGAGAGUUAAUGAGAGUCUUGGAAAUAAGAGACAUUUUAUCGGAAGAUAAUGUUAUGCCCUUAAAAGAAGUAGCUUCCAGACUUUCAAACAACAGGGAACUUUUACGCAAAAUAGAUAUCUAUGAGUCGACUCAUGUACAGCGAGGAUUUAUUAACCAAUACGUUGACCAACAACAUAAUCAUAGUACACCCAAAAACGAGACCAUUGAGACAAUAAACAGUAAUCCAUUGGGUAAUAUGAGUAAACGUAAAAAGGAAAGAAUUUUGGAAACAAUUACAGAGGAAAUUGGAAUUUUCUGGCGUGAUCUAGCAAGAAAUCUCAAGAUUCGUGAAUGUGUUAUUGAUGAAAUUGAUUUGAACAACAGGAAUCUCUCGAUUAAAGCUGAAAAACUCUUAGAGGCUUAUGAACACAAAGCUGACCCUCAGAGAUGGUUUUUUGUACUGUGCGAAGCAUUAGAGAAAGCCCGCAGAAAAGACAUUAGCAGAUCAUUACAAGACAUAAUGUCAAUGAACAUAUAGUUUAUAUUCUGUGGUAAAUGUACAUUUUACACUUGUUUUUUUUUUUACUUUAGCCAUGACAUUUCAUAUCAAAAAUUAUUUUUGCCUUG